AUGUCUUCCGAGGACAAGUACGAAACGCUGGAGAAGAUUGGCCAUGGCUCCUUUGGCAUUAUCCGCAAGGUCCGUCGCAGGACAGACGGCUUCAUCAUGUGCCGUAAAGAAAUCUCAUAUCUACGCAUGUCCCAGAAGGAGCGCGAACAACUUCACGCCGAGUUCCAGAUUCUAUCGCAUCUGCGCCACCCAAACAUUGUCGCCUAUUACCACCGCGAACACCUCAAAGUUAGCCAGGACUUGCAUCUUUACAUGGAGUACUGCGGUAAUGGCGAUCUCGGCCGCGUUAUCAAGGACCUCGCACUAAAGGGCCAGCGAGCUCAGGAAAGCUUCGUCUGGAGUAUUUUCAGUCAGCUUGUCAUGGCACUUUACCGAUGUCACUACGGUGUUGACCCUCCAGAAGUUGGCGCCAACGUGCUUGGGUUGACACAGGGAAACGCUGCUGGCGGACCCAAGGUUCCCGCUGGAACAAUGACUAUUCUACACCGAGAUUUGAAACCUGAGAAUGUCUUCCUUGGCGAGGACAACUCUGUCAAGCUUGGAGACUUUGGUCUAUCCAAGAUGAUCAAGUCCCACGACUUCGCUUCUACCUAUGUCGGUACCCCCUUCUACAUGUCUCCCGAGAUCUGUGCCGCGGAGAAGUACACAUUAAAGUCCGAUAUCUGGUCGUUGGGUUGCAUCAUCUAUGAGCUCUGCGCACGCGAGCCACCCUUCAACGCAAAGACGCAUUUCCAGCUUGUACAGAAGAUUAAAGAGGGCAAGUUCCCUGCCUUGCCAGAUGUUUACUCUCCCGAGCUUUAUCAGGUUAUCAAGGACUGCCUCCGUGUGAACCCUGAUCGCAGACCUGAUACUUCUGAGCUCCUUAACCUGCCAGUGGUCAAGCUUAUGAGGAAGGAGAAGGAGGUUGUCGACCUCAACAAAUCUCUCCGGCUCAGAGAGGAUGCUUUGCGUAAGAAGGAAAGGGACCUCAAUGAGAGACUUGCCAAUAUGGAGAGAGAGAAGGACGUUAUCCGAGAGGAGCUGGACUCAUCGCUACGGAGAGAGUGGGAGGUUAAGGCACGUCUCGAGAUUGACCGUCUUGCAAACGCGGAGAUCGAGCAGCUCCAAAGUCGCUUCGAAGCCGAGGUUCAGGCACGCGUCGAAGCUGAGCUGCAAAAGAAAACAGUAACAUUUUCCGGUUCAAGACCUGAGAGUCGAGAGGGUGAGUAUGCCUCAUCAAUGGGCAAGUCAGAUUAUAAGUCCGACUAUCCUCACUCUUCCAUUGGUGGCAGCGAGGUCGAGUUCCCCUCCACAACAGAUCUCACUGAGUACUCCAUCGAUAGCCCCGAGGCGCCUCGAGAGACUAAGAAGACAGCUCGCACGCCUUUCAGCCGUGCGCAGACCAUGUUCGUCGGUAAUCCCGCUGGUACACCAAUGGAUAUCGAGAUGAACUCACCAAGCCCUAUCGCUAUUGCGUCGCUAUCUCUUUCUCCUCGUCGCAAUGGCAACACCAAGGCUCCUACCACUGCCAAUGCAAACAUCUUUACCGCCAACGCCAAUCGAAAUUCCGCCGAUUCUCGAUGGGAUCACCCUCGUGAUACCCUGUCUGAUUCUGAAGAUGAAGACGUCGUCCCAUCGCCAACACGGAACAUUAAAUCUUCGAAGAAUCCCUUCACCUCCAAGACACGACCUGUCCUCACUUCUCAGAAGUCCUGCCCUAUGAACCGCCUCAAGACCCAACCAUCAACAUCGGGCUUCGUGUCUAAGCAGAUGCCUCCACCUGAGGCUCCGAGGUCGCCUACUCGCCGUCUGAGCAAGAUUCCCUCGGCGGCAAACCUCCAGUCCGAGGCCAACAGCCAGGGCUUGACGCGCGCCUCGUCACUCAACAACAAGAAGAACAGCAGCAGCACCGAUGAUGUUCUGGGCAAGGUUGCUGCUAAGAAUAACAUUCGAGGCCGAACCCUCGUCGAGCUUCAGCAGGCUCGCGCAGGCGGUCGUCCCAUGAGCGCCAUCGUGAUGCCCAGCACAGGGGAGAACGUCAGUCCCAAGAGGGCAUUCCGGGACCGCAUCGGAAUUGAGCGCAAGUCAAGUGGUGACGAGCCCGUCGCUGUCUGGGAUCCGGAACGAGACGAGAUGCCCAGUCCUUUCCUGGUCCGACAGCGACGGAUCGCCCGGGUGUAG